AUGGCUAAGCGUGUGGAGGUGUUGCAGACGCAGUUGCCGGCGUAUAACCGCCUGAAGACGCCGUACGAGGCGGAGCUUGUUGCGACCGCCAGGAAGAUGACGGCUCCCGGCAAGGGGCUGCUCGCUGCCGAUGAGUCCAUUGGUUCUUGUGCGAAGCGCUUCGCUCCGUUUGGCUUGAGCAACACGGAGGAACAUCGCCGCCAGUACCGUUCGCUGAUGCUUGAAUGUGAGGGGAUGGAGCAGUACAUCAGCGGUGUCAUUCUGCACGAUGAGACGGUGUAUCAGAAGACAAGUACUGGCGAGAGCUUUGUGCAACUUCUUCAGCGCAAGGGUGUGGUGCCCGGCAUCAAGACUGACAUGGGUCUGAACCCCCUGGUGGAGGGCGCCGAGGGUGAGCAGAUGACGGAGGGUCUUGAUGGUUACAUGAAGCGUGCACAGAAAUACUACGCCAUGGGCUGCCGCUUCUGCAAGUGGCGUAACGUGUACAAGAUUCAGAACGGCACUGUUUCGGAGGCAGCUGUGCGCUUUAACGCUGAGACACUCGCCCGGUAUGCUGUGCUCUCGCAAAUGAGUGGUCUUGUUCCCAUCGUGGAGCCUGAGGUGAUGAUUGACGGUGUGCACGACAUUGAGACGAGCCAGCGUGUCUCGCAGCACGUGUGGGCGGAGGUGGUGUCUGCCCUACAACGCCACGGUGUGGUGUGGGAGGGAUGCCUGCUGAAGCCCAACAUGGUGGUGCCUGGCGCGGAGUCCGGGAAGAAGGCGACGCCCGAGGAGGUGGCACAGUACACCGUGUCAACACUCGCGCGUGUGCUUCCCCCAGCCCUGCCCGGCGUGACCUUCCUGUCGGGCGGUCUCAGUGAAGUGCAGGCCACGGAGUACCUGAACGCCAUGAACUGUUGCAGUCUACCACGUCCGUGGAAGCUGACCUUCUCGUACGCACGCGCUCUGCAGUCGAGUGCCCUCAAGGCGUGGGGCGGCAAGGAUGCCGGCAUCGCGGCUGGUCGCCGUGCGUUUAUGCACCGCGCGAAGAUGAACUCUCUUGCGCAGCUCGGUCGCUACAACCGCGCCGAUGAUGACAAGGAAUCGCGGUCGCUCUACGUCGCUGGCCACUCCUACUGA